AUGGCCCAACAUUUUAAAGACAUAAGCAGCUGCUACGUCUGCCUGUCCUACCUGAAAGACCCUGUGAGCCUGAAAUGUGGGUUCAUCUGCUGCCUCAAGUGUGUCGACUCACUGCCGAGGGGCCCUGGAGGACACGGGAUUGUGUGCUUCACCUGCCCUGAGGUUUCUCAGAAGAGUGACAUCAGGCCCAAUCGCCAGCUGGCUGGACUAGUGUCAGAGUUCAGGGCACUGGAGCCCCAGCUGAGAGCCAUCCUGAGAAUGAACCCGAGGAUGCGCAGGUUCCAAGUGGACGUGACCUUGGAUGUGGACACAGCCAACAACCACCUCUACAUCUCUGAGGACCUGAGGCAAGUCCGCUGCAUGUACGAGGAGCAGAAGCGCAGGGUCUGUCCUGAGAGGUUCAGCACCUCCCUCUGUGUGCUGGGCUCCCAGCGACUCACCUCUGGCCGGCACUACUGGGAGGUGGACGUGGGCACCAGCGCAAAGUGGAACCUAGGCGUCUGCAAGGAGUCUGUUCCUCGACAGGAGAACGUCGUCCUCUCUUCAGAAUGUGGCUUCUGGAUUGUGAGCUGCAGAGAGAAGGACACCUUCAGGGCGAGCACCAGGCCAGUGACAGUUCUCAUGGUCAGUCCCCGCUUACACCGAGUGGGCGUUUUCCUGGACUUGGAAAUGGGAACCAUUUCCUUUUAUCACGUGGGUGAUGGCUCCCAUAUUUUUACAUUCCCCCCGAUUUCUGUGGCAGAGCCCCUGCGUCCAUUUUUCGCUCCUGGAAUUCCAGAGAUAGAUGGCGAGAGCAUCAUGACGCUCUUCCCCAGAAUCUCACACGUGGUAUAUUGAAGCAUUUGUUUUUGUUCUGUAUUUUUAUUAUUAAAGACUAAACAAGUGGUUACAAUUUGCAAAAGAGGUUAGCUGGAAUUUGGAAUCAUCUUUGUAACAUUUGCAAAUUAUAUUCAUUCCUAUUUGUGACCUAAAGCUAAGUAUUUUCUAUACAAUACAGACCAAUGUGCCUAUUAACUUAAUUAUGGAAAGAUAAUUCAGAAUGUAAAAAUCACUGAAAACUUACAGUAAAUGUUUAGAUACAUAAAUACUACAUUGGUUCACCUUAAUAAAGUGGAAAUGUAGUAGAG